CAAAAGCUCACUAGAAUGUUUCUUUUGAUAUUUCAGUCAAUCAUCACAGGCAUCACUCACCACAGAUACAAAAAUGAGUUCGUCACAUGUGGUGAACGUGUCUUAUUAUGGGAUGCUAAUACCAAGGCCCCUAAAUUUUCCUACAACUGGAGCACGAGUGGUGAUCGCAAUGAUGCCAGUGUAGUGUCUAUCAAGUUCAACCCAGUAGAGACUGACCUCUUUGCUUCCAGUGACCAGGCAAAUAACAUUGUGUUGUAUGACACUCGAGCUAAGGAGGUGAAGAAGUUAAAAAUGACGAUGCGUGUUAAUGCCUUGGCCUGGAACCCCAUGGAGGCAUUCAUACUGACAGCUGCCAGUGAAGAUUACAAUGUCUACUCAUUUGAUAUCAGAAAUAUGAAUAAAAGCAACAGAAUUGUCACUCUCCAUGAAGGUCAUACGUCUGCUGUUAUUGAUCUUGACUAUGCUCCUACUGGCAAAGAAUUUUGCACGGGAAGCUAUGACAAGUCUAUCAGAGUUUUUAGAACAGAUGAAGUAAGUGAAUGUUUAGUUCUGUCUCAUUUUUUUCUUUUUUGUUAUACAGAACAUCUGUCAUGUUUUACAUAUACAUAGGCAUUCUAGACACAG